AGGCUGGCCAUGAUUUAUACAGUAAAGGCUGCCCUGACACUCCUACCACUCCCUCUGCCAACCAGAGGGAGGACUGUCACCACAGAGUCAGGACUUCACUCUCUUCACUCUCUCUCGUCGCACAGUGGCGUUCCAUCAGUGUCUGCUCGCAGCUGGAAGAGAAAGCUCAGAAUUAUCCACCUCUGUCUGGAAUGAGGCAGCUCUCCUACAGAGACAUGUUGCUUUGGUCGGUGUGGAGUGCGAUAUUACUACUGACCCCACUGGAGGCUGCAGAGGAGGAGGAUGUGCGAGCAGGCUGCAGCACAGCUGUGAAUGACCUGGUGUAUAUUGUUGAUGGCUCAUGGAGUGUCGGAGUCUCUGACUUUGACAGGGCCAAGCAGUGGCUUAUCAACAUCACCAGCCAGUUUGACAUCAGUUCACACUACACACAGCUGGCUGUGAUCCAGUACAGUGACACACCUCGAUUGGAGAUCUCCCUGGGGACACACCAGGGCGAAGCAGAGCUCAUCGAGGCCAUAGAGAGCAUCACCUACCUGGGAGGAAACACACAGACUGGAAGGGCCAUUAAGUUUGCUGUGGACCACGUCUUCGCCGCAUCUCAGCGAGCCAGCCAAGUGAAGAACCGCAUUGCCGUGGUUGUCACUGAUGGAAAAUCUCAGGAUGAUGUGGUAGAUGCCAGUAUGGAGGCACGAGCUCAGGGCAUUACAGUAUUUGCAGUCGGGGUCGGCAGUGAGAUCACCACCUCAGAGCUGGUGUCCAUCGCCAAUAAACCGUCAUCCACCUACGUCCUGUAUGCAGAGGAUUACACCAACAUUGACCGUAUCCGAGACUCCAUGAAGCAGAAGCUAUGUGAAGAGUCUGUUUGUCCCACAAGAAUCCCAGUGGCCUCUCGUGAUGAGAAAGGCUUUGAGCUGCUGUUGGGCCUGAACAUUCAGAUGAAGGCCAAGAAGAUCCCUGGCUCUCUGGUUUCUGAGAUAGCAUAUGCCCUGACUUCAACCACAGACAUUACUGAGAAUACCAGAGAGAUUUUCCCAGAAGGCCUCCCUCCAUCCUAUGUGUUUGUAGCCACCCUGCGCCUACAGGGGUCCGCUUCAAAACUGACCUUUGACCUUUGGAGGGUGCUGUCAAAGGAUAAGGAGAUGCAAGCGGCAGUGACACUUAGUGGAAAGGACAAAACUGUCACCUUCACCGCCACGAGGCUAAACGAAGAGGAGCAAAGUGUCAUCUUUAAAAAUGGAUUUCAGAAUCUGUAUGAUGGAAAAUGGCACCAGCUCAAACUUCUUGUGAGGCCAAGCCAGGUCACCGGUUUCCUUGACGAUGAGCUGAUCCAGGAAGUCAAGUUGGAACCGAUGGAGCCCAUUUACAUCAAUGGGGAGACGCAGGUGGCUAAGAGGAGAGGAACAGACCUCACUGUGCCGGUGGAGAUUCAGAAGCUGCGUCUGUACUGUGAUCCUCACCAGAGUGAGAGAGAAACUGCUUGUGAGAUCUACUCUGUGGAUGAUGAAAGGUGUCCUCUGAACCGCACUGCCUCAGAGGACGAGGACGACUGCAGUAACUGUGCAGUCGGACCCCCAGGGCAGCGCGGCCCACCAGGCCGCAUGGGUUUCAGAGGACAGAAAGGAAGGGAAGGACCACCGGGACCUGAUGGUAAGCCUGGUAAGGACGGGAAUCCUGGGGCUCAUGGCCCUCCUGGAUUAACAGGGUUGAAGGGUGAAGGGGGCCCAGUUGGACUGAGAGGGGAACUUGGUCUAAAAGGGGACAAGGGAGACAGAGGGCAGCCAGGCUUACUCGGUGAACCAGGACUCCCUGGACCCAAGGGUCUUCCUGGAGAGACGGGUGAGGCAGGACCUCCGGGAGAGGCUGGAUCAAUGGGGGAGCCAGGACUACCAGGCACCGGUGGACUGGUCGGGCCACCAGGAAAAAAGGGACAGAAGGGGGUUCCCGGAUUGGCUGGUGCUGCUGGAGCUCAAGGUGCCCCGGGUGUUCCGGGAGCUUCCGGUGAAGUCGGCCCAGCUGGAGCUCCGGGAGAGACCGGGUUGCCUGGGCAGCAGGGACUCGCAGGAAUGAAGGGAAUCCAGGGGCCCCCGGGGCCGCCCGGACUGAUCGGCCAAGAUGGUCCCAAGGGAGAGUGUGGAGAUCCAGGAGUCGCUGGUUCUUUCGGUCCUGCAGGCGAGAAGGGCUCGACGGGCGAGGCUGGUUUUCCAGGGCUGCCAGGUGGCAUGGGCCUGCCGGGGUUCAAAGGUCACAAGGGAGAGAGAGGAGAGGCUGGCUCUAAAGGAAACCAGGGGGAGAGAAGCAGAGAUGGAGAACCUGGGACUCCUGGUGUGCCUGGCGAAGUGGGACCCAGGGGAUGGAAAGGAGAGAAAGGUGUGACAGGUGACACAGGCCCGAGGGGUCCUGAAGCAAAGAAAGGUGACAUGGGACACAUGGGUACUGUUGGUCCCAGGGGAUUUCAGGGCCAGGAUGGGUUGCCAGGCCAACCGGGCCAGCCAGGAUAUCCAGGGAAACCUGGCAAACCUCCCUCAGAUGAAUAUCUUCUAAAGCUCCUCACUGAUGUUCUGCGAAAUCAACUCCCAGCACUGCUCCAGACCUUGGCCCCCCAAGCAAGGUGUGAACCCUGCCAGAACAUCAAGGGACCCCCGGGCGAGCCAGGAGCACCAGGUACCAAAGGCUCCAUGGGAACUCCAGGCUACCCUGGCAGCAGCGGCUCUCCAGGCUACCCAGGGCCAACUGGACUUCAGGGUCCUGCAGGCAUCAAAGGUGACAUGGGAUCCAGAGGUCUCAAGGGCAGCAAAGGAGAAGGUUACCGUGGACCUCCAGGACCACCUGGAUAUCCAGGAAUUCAGGGUCCCCGGGGAUUUGAUGGAAUUGGCCAUCCAGGCAAUCAGGGAAUUCCUGGAAAACAAGGACCUCAGGGAGACCCUGGUAAACGGGGAAGCUCAGGGCCCCCAGGGGUGUGUGAUAUCUCCAUGUGUUAUCAGAGCUACAACCUCAGGGAACAUUACAGCAAAGGACCCAACGUCUGAGGACAUUGCAGUGUGGGAGAGGCUGCUUUUACGGAAGUGAUUUACUGUAUUAGAGAUUUACAGAAGUGCGUGUGACUGUGGACUCCAUUAUGAGAGUACGUGGGAAAACAGCUGCACUGGAGGCGGACAUACCCCCAUGAUUCUGGAUUUCAUGAUCAAAGAUGGUCAGCAGGGUCACAGUAACUUACUGAGAUACCAGGCUGACAUGGCUAAUUCAAACUUUAAACAUGCAAAGUUUAACAGCAGGUUUAAACGGUGGUUUCUUAUCCGGAGUUUUUCUGGAAAGAACCGAAAUUGCUGUAACUGAAACGUGUUGUUUUUUGUGUAACUAUCAAGAUAAUUCAUGUUUGGGAAAACACAACAGAAUAGCUACCUCCUCUUUUACCUGAGUCACUCUUUCAAUUAAUGAUACCAACAGGUAUCAUUAAGGCCAACAGACAAACAUCACCAGCAGUCCGCACAAAUAUCAACAUGCAUUCACAAAAAGAGACUAAUCAACUUAUUAUAAUAAAGAACCUUUAAUAUACGAUUAAUAAGAAAUCACAUAGAAAGCCAAUUAAAACAUUGGUCUUUCCAAUACUUUGAAUAACAUAUAAAAACUGAUCCAAAAUGAAUAAUUUAUCUUUUCUACUUAGUUCAUUAUAUAAAUAGCUAAAAUUGCAUAUUAAUGGAAGUGGGCAUUACUUAUCUCUCAUGCUGUGUUGGAAAGCUGUGGUUCCUUUUGCUUCUCCGAACCUGUGAAGUAAAAUCUGCCCUCAGCACAGCUCUGUUCCAGAGAGAAUGAUUGUAUCAGCAAAUUAUGUUAAAAGUACAGUACAUUCCUUGAUGUUACAUUGGGAUACGUCACAAAGGAGGAAUGGAGCACAUCCCUUUCACACCUUUCACCUCUUCAUCUUGUGAAAGACAAGCAACUAACAAGCUAAGAAACUAAAAAAGAUUUCAUGAAUGCGUAAAACCUGCAGAUGGCGAGCACAAGAUUCUUCCUUAUUUUACAGUCAGCCUGCUUUAGAGACAAUAUGUGAAACCUUACCAUCACCAGGGGCUGCGCUAAUCAAUCACCGUGGCAGACAGAGCUUUAAAGGAUCCAUUCUAUUCUGUCUAUUUUUAGGUUUUGCUUAUCAAUUUUAUAUAUUGACUUAUUUUGCAUCGCAUUUUGGUUUGCAUGAAAUGCCAAUAAGUCUCAAGAAAGUGCCUCAACUGCAGAUCAUACAGACACUUAUUAUUGAUAGACAUUUAUUUCUGUUUUCCCCAUUUUAUAUUUAUAUCCUCUCAUGUUUUAGGGGAAGAAGCCUCACUGUUUCUGUAUACGUCCACAUUAUUGUCAGCUCUAACUCAAAACCUCCUCCAUGUUUUCUGUUGUCUUGAUAGAUUUCGCAAAGGUGCAUCUCCACAACACUAAUUUCAUCAGGGCCACAACAACUCAUUGUCCCAUUUUUUUCACUAAUGAACUACUUAUGCUAAAACUUAUUUAGCAUCCAGUCACUUUCAUUUUCCGUUUCUUGCACUAGAUUGAGUAACCAUUAAUUGAACAAAAACAAUAGCUCCCUGUAGCUCAUAGGGCCAUCCCCUUCCUGGUGGAGUGAAAAUGAUGUACAACUAUUAGAAAUAAUUAAUUAAUUAAAAUGCUACGUUUUUAAUCAAAAUAAAGAAAAGCUAAUUAUCAUUUGAAAUUUCCUAUUUAUAUUCAUGGUUUAACCAUCAUAAUGACAAUCAUAACAAAGAAAGUCAGCAAAAAGCUUUUCUUAUUUUCACUGUAUCCCCUGCCUUUGAGCAGGCCUUUUGUCUGAGGCCUGUGCUCUGUAGCUUUGGACACUCUGAUAGCAUACAUACAACAUUCAUUGAUAGCAGCACAGUUCCAUACUCUUCCAAAACUAUCAACCCCAAGCUUAAGACGCUUUUGUUGGCUUCCUUUUUCGCUUUAGCACCUGCUAUCCCUUCAUGUGUUGUUAGCUAUUUAAAAAAAGGCAGAUCUGGGUAAAGAUUCAGCAUCACUUAGCUUAAGACAGCAUAUUAGUUUUGGGAUAUGACAAGACAUAAAAUGUUUAAAGUGAUGAGGAUGUACUUUAAUGUGCAUUAAGCCAAAGACCUGCUGGAAGAGUAAUGCUUUUAAAAUGAUUACCCUACUAUUUAUUACAAUAAUUUUUUUUAUGAAAACAUAAUAUUAUAUAUAUUUUACGUGUUAGUAUGCUAAUAUUCCAUUAAACCAUCACAUCUUAAGCGUCCAAAUGUCUGAUUUCAGAGUUUGCCAGCAUUAUUUUAUUUAAAAUUAAAACGACAAAUCUGAAAAAAUAAAUAGCUUGGCUAGCAGCCCUUACAGGUUACAUAGAGUAGUUUUUUGAGUUUGACAAAACAACAAAAUAGUAAUACUUUUGGAAUUUGUAGUUUUUCCAGCACUGUAAAUGUGCCCUACCAUAAGGGCUCUUCCUCUGGGGACCAUGAAUGUGCUGAAUUUAAUAUAAUUCUACAUUAAAUUUAAGCUUAUCUCUGGUACAUGGAAAUGGUGAACAUGAAAUGGUUUCAUCCUAUGAGGAGCAUGAAUGUGAUCAUGACAAUCUGCCAUUUGUAAUGCACCAAUUGAAAUAUUGGUCAGAGAGAGGGCUGAACGGGUUCAUCAUCCGAGGAGCAUGAAUGUGAUCAUUAAAGUUCAUACAAAUCUGUUUACCUAAAAUAUAUUAUUUAUAUACCAUUUAUUUGCAGGAUAUAGUAAACUUUAGAUCAGUUUUUUUUUUUAGAUCUUUUUUAUAAACAAAUUACAUAGGCUUUCCCUAAAUAGCUAAAGCAGAUUUUAAGUUUUUAUGGUUUCAUUCUUGCGAGCUCAAAACACUUGAGCUUGCAUAGACUUUGAGUUCCAUUUAACCAAGUGUUUUACAAGCCUAAACUCCAACAAUACAUGCUACACACUAAAGUGAGUCACGAUGUUAAAAGUGACUCGUACACCGAACCGUCCAACACACUUACCUCUGCACUGUACCACUUGUCUUUGGACUAACAGAAAAGAGGUAGAGAAAAGGCUCCAGCAUCACAGUCACAUGUUUUUCUACACCCACUCCAGCCUGCUACCUAAAGCUUUUUGUAGCAGUACAUCAAUGUCACGCUACUUCCGCUUUUGCUACUGACUAAGCUCCCGUCCUUCUGCUGGGUACAGUCUCACAUUUAACAUUGUGAGUCUGAAAGGUGCAGCUUUGGUUGGUUUCAACACAGUAUCUUCUGUAUCAUGAAAAGCUCUCUUUUUCUAUCUUAUAUAUAAUCUGUCAUUCCUGGGUGCUGACACCUACUUAAAGGUGUCAGCCUUUUCUGAAACAAUCUUUGCUGUCGAAACAAUUUUCCAGUGCAGACGGUGACAUGAUUUGUUACAUGUGACAUUUUGAGUUGAGUUUGCAAUCUCAUCAGAAAACAAUGGUUAAACAAGAUCUUUAACCAGGUUCUUGUGGAGGACUUCUUUGCAUUUCAAGCUUCUGAAAUUGAAUUAUAUUCUACGAAACAUUGAUUUGUUUAUAUUUUUCAAAUGUUAAAUAUCCCUGAAUGCUGGAAUGAUAUUUUUGUACCUUUUAUGAGCAACAUAUGAAAAAACAUGGCAUUAUUAUGUUUGUUGUAAAGUUUUUUUGUAUUGAAAUAAACUUUAAUUAUUUAA